AUGGGUAGUUGUGCAACAAAAAAUUAGGAGAAUGAAGUUUCUUUACCUUCUAAUCCUAGAUUAUAAAGGGCUUACUAAGUAAAAUGAAAUCGAUUUGAUAGUAAUAUUCGUAAAUCAUCGAAAUAACUCACCCAUUAAAUGUGAAUUAGAAAUACAAUAGUUACUUUACAUUGAUUCCAGAUCAAUUUGUAGGUACAGGAAUAAAGAAGGCAAAUUAAUAUGAAUCUCGUCUAUCUAAAGAAGAAUGGCAAUAAAAAAGAGUUGAAUUUUGGGGUAUAUAUGUCUAUUUGAAUAAUAGAUUCAAGAAUAGAGGGNUAAGAUUAAGCAUGA